AUGUCAACUCCAUCUCGUCUACGUUUAAUGCGAGACUUUAAACAAUUACAAAAAGAUCCACCAGCUGGUAUCGCUGCUGUACCUUCGGAUGAUAAUAUCCUUAUCUGGCACGCUUUUAUUCUUGGACCAAAUGAUACACCAUUCGAAGACGGAACAUUUCGAUUACUAUUAGAAUUCACAGAAUCUUAUCCAAAUAAGCCACCAUCUGUUCGAUUUACAUCGAAAAUGUUUCAUCCAAAUGUCUACGCUGACGGUGGUAUUUGUCUUGAUAUUCUUCAAAAUCGUUGGUCACCAACGUACGAUGUAUCAGCAAUCCUCACUUCAAUUCAAUCGUUACUCGAUGAACCCAAUGUUUCAUCGCCGGCGAAUUCGGAAGCGGCCAAUCUCUAUCAAACCAAUCGACGCGAAUAUGAAAAACGUGUUAAAAUGACUGUAGAACAAAGUUGGACUGCCGAACCUACACUUGCAUCUAACCUUCGAGCACCUUAA